AUGGAAAGUACAUCAACCACACAGACGUUCUCUUCCCUUCCUCUCCCAACAGCCGAUCCCUACAGCUGCAUAGCAUGCCAAAAGGAUGAGUGGGCCAGGAAUGGCAGUACCUCAUGCACUAAGCGCUCUAUAGAGUAUCUGCAUUCUGAUGCUCCGUUGGCCAUUUUUCUGAUGUUCCAGGCCAUUUCCAUCAUCCUCAUCUCAAUGGCCAUCUUGGUUCUGUUCCUUUGUAAGUUAGACACCCCUGUGGUAAAAUCAGCCGGUGGGAGGCUCUGCUUCUUCAUGUUGUGUUGCUUGUCCAUGUCCUCCUCCAGCGUCUUCCUCUACAUCGGCAAACCCACAGAGGCCAUCUGCACCUUACGCAAUUCUGUGUUUAUAGUCUUCUAUGUGGCCUGCCUGUCCUGUCUUGCUGUUCGCUCCUUCCAGAUUGUCUGUAUCUUCAAAAUGGCCGCCAAACUGCCCAAAGCGUAUGAUUUCUGGGUCAAGCACGGUGGUCAGUGGAUCACUAUUAUCACAACCACUGUCAUAAUGCUGUUUCUGUGCAUUUUGUGGAUAGCCAUUGAAGGACCCAGGCCCAAUCAGCUAACAUUGUAUAGCGAGGUAAUUUUGGAUUGCACAUAUGGAGUCAUCCCCAUCUUUUAUGUGAUAGUACUGUUUGCCGCUUUGCUGGGUAUUGCAUGCUUUAGUUUUGCCUACAUGGGAACUGACCUGCCCAAAAACUACAACGAGGGUAAAUCUAUCACUUUCAGCUUGCUGAUCUUCUUCAUCUCUUGGGUCAUCUCUCUGACAGUGCACCUGUCUACCAAAGGAAAGCACACACUCUCCGUCAAUCCUUUCUCUGUGCUGUGCAGUCUGUAUGGUAUACUCUUUGGUUACUUCUUCCCUAAAUGCUAUAUCAUUAUCAUUAGACCUGAACGUAAUACAGCAGCCUAUUUUCAAACUGCAAUCCAGAGUUACACACUUCAACCUAGAUAAUGUACAGAUGUUGAGACAUAUGACUUGUGUGGCACUAGAACUGCCACUACUAUGUUAUGUGAUUUGUUUCUUUUCAGUCUAUAUCUAUAUUUUGUAAUCCCAUACGGUUUUCCUCCUUAAAAGCAUUUUUAAUUGUUUGCCUAUUAAUAAAACCCUUUUGCAAUUAAUGUUUGUCCAAUCAGAUGACAGUAGGUUCAAAGCAAGUAAUAGCGUGUAUCAAGUGCAUUUAUUAUCCAAAAUCCUUUCAAAGUUCACACUUUCACUCUACAAGAGUAGAAAACGACUCUGCAUUGUAGCAGGGAUUCACCAUAUUAAAACAGGAUGAACAUAAUGACU